ACAAAGAGCUCUAGAAAAAUGCAGAAACCAUGUCUUUUGUCCUGGUUCCUCUUCUUCUUCCUUCCACAAUUAUCUUUUUCUUGCCAACCAGACCAAAGACAAUCCCUUCUCGAGUUCAAGAACUGUCUUACUCAGAGCAUCAAGAACCAGUCGACAACAAAAAUCAACUUGGCAGGUUUAAAGAAAUGGAAGCAAAACUCAGAUUGCUGCAAAUGGAAACUCGUGAGAUGCAACGCUCAUUCGCCUUCAAGAGAGGUGAUAGAGCUGAAUCUGAGCUCUCUUGUCGUCUCUGGCUCAGUGAGUUCAAGCGUUUUGAGACCGAUUCUGCGUAUAAUCUCUCUUGAAGCGCUCGAUGUCUCUUCUAAUUUCAUACAAGGAGAGAUUCCUGGAGAUGGGUUUGUGAACUUGACCAGGCUUAUUUCUCUUGACAUGAGUGAUAACGCCUUCAAUGGCUCUAUCCCUCCUAGUUUGUUUCAACCUCAGAACUUAUCGGUUCUUGCGCUAUCAAGAAACAACUUCACUGGUAAGAUCCCUGACACAAUAGGCGAAACGUCCGUCAUAGUAUUGACGUUGUCAGAAAACAACCUCUCAGGAUCAGUACCAAAGUCUAUUUCAAAGAACUCCAGGCUGAUGUUGCUGGACUUGUCAAAGAACAGACUUUCAGGUGAAUUCCCUAGAUUCAACUUGAACUCAAAUCUUCAGCUGCUCGAUAUAUCUUUCAACGAGUUCUCAGGGGAUGUUCCAGCUUCCUUUGGGUCAUACACAAGAUUUCUUAAAAUGGAUCAUAACAAUUUCAGUGGUGAAUUCCCUCAGGACUUCACAACAUGCCCAUUGAAGCAUCUUGAUCUUCAAGAUAACAAAAUCUCUGGUAAAUUCCCGAGUUUUAUCUCCCGGUUAUUCCCAGCUCUAGAGGUGUUUAUCAUGAGAAACAAUUCCCUCGAAGGUUCAAUCCCAGAAGACAUAUCAAAUCUCACAGGUCUUAAGAUCUUGGAUCUGUCCGAGAACAAUCUUGAUGGACCUAUCCCUUCAUCUCUUGGGAAUCUCAGAGCCAUGAGUCAGUCUCCCAUCUAUGUAUAUUAUGAUUUCUAUACCGGACCCGGAUUCAGCGUCGAAAUGGGUGAAUACCUUCACAUACCCGAUUUCGUAGUGAACUGGAAGAAUUCAAAGCAAGGCAUUGCUCACAGGAAUAGCCACCUCUACACUAUUUUAGAUCUCUCUAAGAACAGCUUUUUCGGAGAAAUCCCACCUUCUUUAGGCAAUCUCAUAAGAUUAAAGGUUUUGAACCUCUCCCACAACAACAUAUCUGGAUUAAUCCCACAAAGUUUUGGAGAUCUUGAGGAGCUAGAGGUCCUAGACCUUUCAUACAACAACCUCUCUGGCCAUAUCCCACAAACGUUUUCCAAGCUCGGAGAGCUAACUACUUUAGGUUUGAGCCACAACAAGCUUUCAGGUAUAAUCCCUAAAGGUCCUCAGCUAGACAGGUUAAACGAUCCAAACAUAUACGCGGGCAACAACAACAUCUGUGGAGAGCAAAUCCAAGUAUCAUGCUUUACACAAGCCGAGCAACCUGAGGAAGAUAAAGAGGAAAAUGUAGAGGAAGAUGAAGAGGAAACAAUGUUUUCAUGGAAAGCUGCAGUCAUAGGUUAUCCUUGUGGAUUUCUUAUAGCAGUUUUGUUUAUGUAUUUAUUUUGACUACAUUUGAGCGGUUCAUGCAAAGAACAGAGGAAUCAGGAAAUGUCAUAUUUGUAAUGUCUUUCAUGAAUGUAAUAUUAUGAAUAUGGAAUUCAAAAAGUUUAAUAACA